GCGUCACUUCCUGGUUCAGCAUCUGACGUGUCUAAAAGCUGUUUUGCACCAGUAGUGGAUGUAACUCGAGGGGGAUUUACUUUCUAUUUAAAUACUUUGGGUUACGUGUUGGCAAAAUGCUAGAUUUCUUCACCAUCUUCAGCAAAGGGGGGAUAGUGCUGUGGUGCUUUCAGGGAACCGGGGUCACAGAGUCAUUUACCGGUCCAGUCAACGCCCUCAUACGCUCUGUAAUUCUUCAGGAGCGAAGUGGGAAUAACCUGUUCACUCAUGAGGCCCUGAAUCUGAAGUAUAAACUGGACAAUGAGUUUGAGUUAAUUUUCGUGGUGGGUUUUCAAAAGAUCCUGACGCUGACCUAUGUGGACAAGCUCAUAGAUGACAUCCAGCUGCAUUUCAGGGACCGUUAUAAGAAUGAAUUGGAGCACAAGGGUGUGAUGAAGCUUCUUAAUCACAGUUUUGAGUUUGAGGAUGACUUCAAAAUGCUUCUUUGCGAGGCAGAACAGAGCAGCAAAGCUCGGAGCCCCGCACCAAUGCGCUCUUUCAAGGAGUCUGAAAAAUCCCAAAAAACUGUGAAGUCCAUGAUAGAAACAAAGGGUGGAGACAAAGAAAAGGAACAGGGUAGCAAAAAGAGCAAGAAUACCAAAAAGGAAGACCUUGUUAAAUCAGAUCAAGGUAAAGGCACAGCUCCUGCCUCCAAGCUGGUUGAGAAUGGCAACCAUGGCCUUACACCUGAAGAGAUCAUGCAGAAAAAGAGAGAGGAGUUCUUUCGCAAGCGCACAGCUGGACCUGCUGAAAAAGUCAGUAAGUCUCCGAAGCCUCAGAAGCCAAAGGGGAAACAGAUGCGCAUUUGGGAUAUGGGUGGUAACAGUACCAAGGACCUGGACUACAGUGAUAGGAAUGGAGAGAAUUCUCCUAAUGGUUGUGACCAAAACCAGGAUGCACCUGCUGAUCCUGGAAUGCAGUUAAGCUCCAUGAAGGGAGAUUUGCCGUCUGUGGAAUGUGAUUCCACUGAGGAGGAGGAGGAGGAAGAGGAAGAAGAGGAAAGAGUGGUUGUCAAUGCAACAGUCAAGAGCAGCACCAAGAAGAGUGGCGGUUUUGGGGGUAUGUUUGGCAUGCUGAAGGGCCUGGUGGGCUCCAAGAGUUUGAAUCUGGAGGACAUGGGGCCAGUUUUGGAGAAGAUGAGGGACCACCUCAUUGCAAAGAAUGUAGCAGCUGAAAUUGCUUCACAGCUUUGUGACUCGGUAGCCAAAAAGCUGGAAGGCAAAGUCAUGGGCACUUUCACCACUGUUGCCUCAACAGUAAAGCAGGCCCUGCAAGAGUCGCUGGUCCAGAUUCUUCAGCCUAAGCGGAGGGUGGAUAUUCUCAGAGAUGUCAUGGAGGCACAGAGUCAGAGGAGACCUUUCGUUAUUACUUUCUGUGGUGUCAACGGGGUUGGAAAGUCCACCAACCUAGCAAAGAUCUCAUUCUGGCUAGUCGAGAAUGGUUUUACGGUGCUUAUCGCAGCCUGCGACACGUUCCGCGCCGGAGCGGUGGAGCAGCUGCGAACCCACCAGCGCCGCCUAAACUCGCUGCACCCACCAGAGAAGCACGCAGGACGAACUAUGGUCCAGCUCUAUGAAAAGGGUUAUGGGAAGGAUGCUGCUGGAAUUGCAAUGGAGGCCAUUGCCUAUGCUCGCAACCAGGCUUUCGAUGUGGUGCUGGUGGACACUGCAGGGCGUAUGCAGGACAACGCCCCCCUCAUGACAGCACUGGCAAAACUCAUUGCAGUUAACAUGCCUGACCUCGUGCUAUUCGUCGGGGAGGCUCUGGUGGGCAACGAGGCAGUCGACCAAUUGGUUAAGUUCAACCAGGCUUUGGCUGACCACUCUAUGUCUGACAAACCUCGCCUCAUUGACGGUAUUGUCCUCACAAAGUUUGACACCAUUGAUGACAAGGUUGGCGCGGCUAUCUCCAUGACCUACAUCACAGGCCAGCCAAUAGUGUUCGUGGGCACUGGGCAGACGUACAACGACCUCCGCAGUCUGAACGCCCGUGCUGUGGUCAGCGCCCUGAUGAAGGCUUAAAGGCCAUGCGCGCUGAUCUUUGUUGUUGGACCUCACGAGGAAGCCAACACAAUCCUUUAGCUGUGCUGUCAAGAGAUGCUCAAGCCCCCUGCUAAAAGCCUGUGCUUAUAUGUGCUGCCCUCUCUCGUGUCCUAUUGUUCAGCUCAGGGCACUUUUCUCCCCAGCUUCAGGCCAGCGUGAAACGAAAGAGGUGUAACUGACAACCACACAACCAGAGGCUCUGCCCCUUUUUUUUAUUUAACAAAUGAUUUGGGCCAAAUUGAUAUGUACCUCAUUAUUCACUUGUUUUGAACUAUUCUUUUUCUGACUAAUGGGCCCCUGUUCACCUACUAAGAACUAGUCCAACAAAUCUGACACAUUUUGUCAUUCUUCCACCUAAGAAAGGUUCGGUUGACAGCAGCUGCCUGUGCCCGCACAAUGCUUUGUGACCAUAGUGCCUAUUUGUCUCCCGUUGUCAUGGUUACCUCUCACAUCAUGGACACAUGGAGCUAAUCCUACUCAAGAGGGAAAAUGAAGUUGAAAUUGGAUAUAAAUUUACAUAUAAACUAUUUUUACAAAGUGAACCGCAUGCCCAACAAGAGCAUUUGGACAAACGCAAAAAAAAAAACACCAACCUUACAAGAAUUGUUACAAAAAGCCCCAGUCAACCCACAAAUACAAAUGUGUGAUAAACAUUCAAUGGCUGUCGUGUCCUACUGCCCCCCACGGACAAAAAAAGUACCAUGGGCUCUGAUAGGAAAUCCCCUACCCCAACUUUAUUUCAUUCCUCACCAGCCUAAUAAGAUUAAAUCAUGGAAAAGACACAAAAAAUACUUUUUGUAAAUUAUUACUAUAACCCAUUUUCUUUAGGAUGGUUAUGUAUUCCUGAUUGGUUUCUUUCUUGGAGGAACUUAAACAUCUCACCCCUUUUACUUGCAGUAUAAGGGAAUCUACGGUUAUGAGCUAAUUUAUGAGAAUGUAAACAUUUCUAAAUAAAGCUGCUGUACACGGCCUGCAAUGUGGAAA